AAUUUCGCCUUCUGUUUCAAGUGCCCGUGAUAUUUCAAGGCUGGUGCUUUCAGAAGUUCGUUUUCAGAUUGCUCCCAUGUGCAGAUGAAAAUAUGCAAGCAUCUUUCAUAGUUAGGAAAAUAUGUUCAAGCAUUUAUGAUGAACACUCGUGGCUAAAGGCAUUUAUUUUAGUAUCAACGAUUGUUUCAAGUAGCAGUGGCCUAGAUUGCUUUAAAUGUGUAUCAGUAGGUGGUGACAACCAACCUUGCGAGGAUCCUUUUCAUAACAAUUACACUAAAGACAUUUUAGAGGCACCUUGUUGGGCUGGCAGAAAACAAAGAGACGGAGUCUUCCCUGCCACAGCUUGUAUAAAAUUAUCUGGAAUUUAUGAAGAUUCUGGAGAAAAGAUGAUAGUUCGAGGCUGUGCGCUUGAUAGUGGCACUCUUACCAUUGAUACCGAAAUUGUAAGAAUGAGCCACUGUGGAGGUUUUUAUUUUGACAACCGUUAUGUGAGCGGGUGCCUUCAAAGCUGCUCUGAAGAUGCUUGUAAUUCAAGUACAAUCCUCCGUAUUUCGUUGUUUUUUUAUGUCAUAUAUUUAUUCCUAUACUUUAAGUUGGUGAAAGAUUAAAAUGUUCCCCAACAGGCA